AUGGAAAAUGGCACCUCAUCUCUCUACUUUUACUUCACCAUGUUUGAAGAUCUUGGACAGAAAAGAUAUGCCUUUUUCUGCUUGGGACUUGUUUUAUACUGUAUUAUUGUAUUUUUCAAUGUCAAUGUUCUUCUUGUGAUCUUUCUGGAAAAAACACUGCAUGAGCCCAUGUACUUGUUUAUUUCUUGUCUGUCAAUCAACUCUCUCUAUGGAACUGCUGCCGUUUUUCCAAGGCUACUAAUUGAUCUUCUUUCUGAAGUGCACGCGAUAUCUCGAUUUGCAUGCUACCUUCAGAUUUUUAUUAUUUAUACUUAUGCAUCAUAUGAGUUUACAAUUCUAACUCUGAUGGCGUAUGACAGAUAUGUAGCCAUAUGCAAACCCUUACAAUAUCACAGAAUCAUGACACCAAAGUCAACCGCUGUUAUGAUUGGUAUUGUAUGGAUAUAUCCCCUGUUUUCUAUUGGUUUUGGUGUUGUUUUAUCUGCAAGACUUCCAUUGUGUGGAAAUGAAUUGACAAAACUGUAUUGCAGCAACUGGUCAGUUGUUAAGCUGUCCUGCACAGACACUACUUUUAAUAACAUUGUUGGCUUUUUUGUAAUGAUAACAACAGUUUUCAUUCCUAUGGGUUCAAUUUUAUUUUCCUAUGUAAAAAUUCUAAUGAUUUGUUAUAAAAAGUCAUCAGAGUUCAAGAGCAAAGCUUUUCAUACUUGUCUUCCCCACAUAGUUACCUUUGUAAACUACUCAAUAGCCAUUUUCUGUGAGAUCACCUUUAGCCGUUUUAAUCCUGGAGAAUUCCCUGAGUUUGCAGCUGUUAUUUUGUCUUUAGAAUUUAUUGUUAUACCCCCAGUGUUAAAUCCUCUUGUGUAUGGACUUAACUUUCCAGAAAUUCAUAGAAAAAACGUCUGUAUUAGCCAAUUAACAAAUUCGGUUUUGAAUUCAUAA